CAGACACACGCUCACACACUCAGCCACACACGCGUUUACAUCGGCUGCUGCUGCUGUACUACUUUGUGGAAUAGUGGAUUACUUUCCAAAUUGAGCCUCAGCGCGUAAAACCAGGCAUGGUCAGGUGGCAGUGUGUCGGAGUGGUGUUGAAGUGUGAGAUGAACGAUGGAGGGAUACAGGAGGCCAGUCACUAGCCAAACCAGCAGCCACACAGCCGACAGCAGGAGAAGCAGCAACAACGCAGGAAGGCCCCGCAGCAUGCAGCUGGGCCCUCACUAACACCAAGUGGACCCGGUCCUCUACUCUUCACCUGGGGGCCAGGGCUGCAGAAUGCUCAGUCCUGUCACCCCAUACAGUCUGUUGAAGAUGCACUGGUCUCCGGAGCACGCCGCCCCUUUAACUCAGUGGCCUGAGCAGCACCUAGAUGUCACCUCUACCACCUCGCCCCCUUCUGCCCACAAGCACGACCCCUACACCUCAACCGCUCGCCGCAGCUAUGCCCCUGCAGGUUAUCCUUGGGCCAGUGAUGACAUAUCAGCCCUCACUGCUUCUUCUCUGCUCAAACGCUACGCUGAGAAGUACUCAGGCCUGGAGUUGUCCUAUGAACGCCCAGGUACCGGGGCCUACGCAGAGCCUGGAACUUUCCUGAAAACAGAAUCUGAGCCCUGGGCCCUGGGCCAGGCCAUGGAGUGUUACCCUGGACUGGAGGCACUAACUGGCACCAAAGUGGGCUCUGCCUCUGUGGGGAUCCCAGCCACAGGGAGCGUAACAGUAGUGAGCAGUAACUUGGCCUCAGAGCCUGGCUACAGCGGUGCUGGCUCCUGCAACGCCCCGUCAUCUCAGGAAUACCCUCCUGCCUACAACAGCACCUAUCUGUCCUCAGGAUACUGCCCUCAGCCUAGCGCAGCACUUCCACCUGCCCCUCUACACUCGCUGCAGGCCGCACCUACUCUAGUGCCCAGCUACAGCGCCAGCACUCCUGUUUACAACUACCCACCAGGGUGCUACCCCCAAACCAGCCUGUCCUCUGGAUACAGCCACCCCAGUGCCUCCUACCUGCCUUCGGCGAUUAGUGCUCCAACUCCUCUGGCCCCUAGGCCUACCAUGGUGGCGGGCAGUUACAGCUACCCAUCCCAUAGCCUCGGAGGGAGCUCUGAGGCAGGGGUGCCACUGAAACGCAAGGCCUUUGAGAUGACGGAGGAAGGACAGGAGGGGGCAGAGGUGGAGGGAUCACGCUACAGAAAGUACGGCAACGGUCACGGAAACAGUCACAGCAAAGGUCACGGCAACGGCUACGAUAUGAGCGGCUCGGCUUCAGACCCACAGGCCUACAAACCUGGAAAGCCUCUGAUAUCACCCCCUUAUGGCGGGGCAGGGGACUACAGUCCACCAUCAGGCCUUGCAGGAGAGAGUGUAUCAGGGGAGCACAACUUUCCUCAGCAGCAGAGAAUGUCUAUGAAGAUACCUUCAUCUCACACUCGAUCUGAGGACCCCACUGGAGGGCGCUGAAAGCCCAGUCGGCAUUUGAGAGGAUUCCCCUCGCUGCUUAAAACCAACCAGGGUUUCUAACCCAGACAGACUUGGGGGAAUUGCAUUGGAUCUGUCAGUGAAAAGUUUAAUUUCCCGAGCAAACACAAGAGGGCACAAGACUGGUACUUCUUGUGCAUGCUUAACAUUUUCAUUUCUCAUGAUUUUCCAAAGAUUCACAGAGGCAUUUUGCCCUCUCAAGGUUGAGGUAAGUCUUAGGAGUGAGGUUGAGGCAUUCUCUACAUAGAUAGCAUUAAGACAGUCUAAAUGUAUGAGUGUCUGUUUCUCUCAGGAUCCUAUUUAUUUCCUUUCUGCUACUGUGGCAGCAGCACUGCAGCGUUGCUGUUUGAGAAGUUGGUGUAAUUAUUUGUGGCCAAUAUGUAUGUAAAGGGCCUUUGACUGCAAUAUGUUCUAUCACACCACAAAAAAAUCAUUACUGACCAAAAAGUAAAGAGAGCAAUAACUGAAAUGGUGAGAUUGCCAUACGACUUCAGCACAAUCACUGCUACACAGCUGACUGCAGGGCCCGGUGCGUCGCUCGGCCUUGAGAAAUGAAUGUUUCCUUUUUACUUAUUCUUGACUUUUUUCAGUUUUCAUAGCCCCCCCUUUUGUCUCAUCCUUUAUCUAAUUUCUAUCCUGGAGUCGUGCCUCCUCUGCUCAGCUCUUUGUUUGUUUGUUUUUGCCCCACUUUAUGCAUAUCAAGCUGCUCAAAUGAUUAUGUGGUAGUGUACACGAAGCUGCCCUUUAAUUUGAAUUCGUUGCAUUUUGAUGUAAAAAGAGAGAGUCGGGAAAUAAUCUGAGAUUCUCUAUUCAUUUUAAAAUACAAUAUUUAGCAUUAACAAAAAGUCCGUGUAAUAGUAAAUGCAGAUCAUCUUCAGAGCAUGUAGUUGACAUGCGUGCUUCUGCUAAAUAAUAAAUAUAUUAACCAUUUCUCAAAAGUAUGUGAGUAAAAUAACACCUGGCCAAGCGUAUGCCUUGUGAAUAAUAUUUUAAAAAUGACAAAAAUGAAAUACAACCAAAAUCCACACAACCAAACUUCAAAAACAAAAUUCACUCAGAGCAGUUUAAAGGUUCAUGAAGGCUGAGAGGUCUGCAGGUUGGAGGUUAUAUGCUUCUGAGUGCCUCUAAGAAAUUUUUUGCUCAACAUUACAUUCUUUAUGAAGAUUUGCCAGCCUGUCUGCUAGGAUUUUACUUUUACUUUUAAAAUGCAUUCUCUUUACUUUUGCCUCUCAGAAGGAUGAUUUAUAGUCGUGCUAUCGAAUACUCAGGAAGAAUAUUGUUACCUCAGAUUGAUAAAAAAAUAAGAAUGUAUGUUAUUACCUUAGGGUGUUUGUAGGGAGCUUUAUGGAGCCAAAUGAAAACGGAGCCAUGGCUAACACUUCAGGGAAACAAUGAACUUACAAGGCCUUCAAUAGUAUGAAACUCUCGCGCACACACAUGCAUGCACACACACACGCAAACACUAUCCACACAGCUUCUUUAGCUCUGGGAAACUUGAGGUUUUUGUACCAAGGCCUGAAAUGUUGAAUGUAAUUCAGAUAUUUUUUUUAAAAAGGACAAUACAUGCCAUAAUGUACAUCGAUGAUGUUUUUAGAUAUAUGAAACAUAUUUUCUUCAUGUAUAGAUGUAAUUGUCUUAUAGGUUUUGGUGGAGAAAUGAAUGACAUGUUAAGUGUUAGUGUAGUUAGCAGUGGGGAAACAGUUUUGCGGACAAAACAAAGCACUCCUGAUAAACACGUGUUGGCAUAUCAAGACAUACACACACUGCAGUAUGAGCUCUAUAAUAGGAAAAUAGGAAGGCUUAUUAAAUGUCUUAAUAAAGGAUCCAAUUCCCAUUUCCCAUGUCAGUAUUUUAAAACCACUUGACACCGUGUCACCAGUCAAUCAGCUUAAAUUAGCUCUAACAUGAAUUGACAUCAUGCAGAAGGGACAGGUUUAUUAUUAUCAGAGUGUGCACUGUCAGAAAAUAUGUACAGCUGCAAUUCGAAACCUGUUUUUUUGGUUAUAUUUUAGUUUUGCUGCUCCACUAUGCCAUCCCUUCGUAAAUUGUGCCAUACCUUUUUUUUUUUUUAAUGCUUUGGAGGAUCUGACAAAACCCAACUCCAAACUUAAAGCAUGUCCAGAGAAUGGAUCCCCUUUAAAUAGUAAGACUUCAGAGAUUCAGCGCGAUGAAAAAAUAUUUUCUUGCCUCUUUUGAAAAAGUACACAUAUCUUACAUAGAAUAUGGUUUCAGUAUUGAAAAAUAGACCCGGAGCAGACGAAGCUUCAAAAUAAAAUACAGAUUAUUAAAAAAACAAAAAGAAAAAAAGAAGGUGUUAAACAAUAAUGUAUUCUUACCCCCAGAUUUUAAAAGUAUUUAAGCGCUUAGCUACAACAAAUGAAUGCUCUUCAAUGCCACACAAAGAAUGUGCUCGACAUGAACCUACACACUGCAGGAAGUAUUUGCUGUUUCCUGGUUUCUUGGUUACUCUGAUCCAGUGAAGGAAGUGGAGUCAAAUUUGUCAGAUGAACAAAAUUGGACUUCAGUGUUAUCUUUGUAAUUCAGUUGUACUUUUGUUGUAUCUUGUACAUUCUCUGUAACCAUUUCUACCUCAUUUUGAAGACAUUGUACAUGGAAGUAUUUAUUUCAUGUCAUUCACAUGCCAGUUUAAGGAGCAAUGUUUCUAAUUCUUGACCUGUUGUAGUCUACCUCACUAAAGACUGUUGUGUCAUGGAAAUGAAGAUAUCGUACAGAAAAAGAAAAAAAAAUCCUCUGCUUUGUCUUUUUGUCUGUGGAAAUGAAAAAAAUGUUUGAGUGUUGUUAUCUUUAACUAAAGUAUGACACGAACCUAACAUUUGUUGCAACAUUUUUCUCCUAACAAAUACACUGACCAGGGGCGGCCCGAUAACUGAGGCCUGAGCAGGUCAAGGUUUGAAUCACAAGACAAAUAAAAAAAACUAAAACU